AAUCGUACCCCAUACCUGCGCGCUGGUAUAUGCCACGACUAGUGCAUCAAUGUACGUCGCCCACCCAUCGUCUUUCACGUCUAAAUAGCAGAUAGUCUGCGAGGGCCUCGGCGUAUGUGGACUACCCCAGGUAGAUGUCCACAGCACAGCCUCCCACAUGCGCAGGCACUGGAUGCAAGGAGCCCUGAGCGAGCCGUGUCUUUUUCAUGCUACCUUAUACGCGGGCUCGUCACACUUCGAUCAUCUAGAAAAGAGAAGCCAAAGUUGGAUCACGUUAUACCACCAGAAUGAGGCGAUCCGCCUCUUGAAUGAACGGCUUUCCGAUAUGAAGUCUGCCGCCGAUGAUCGGACGAUUCUUGCCGUUAUUCCCCUUGCGAUGUUUGCAAAUAUACAUGGAGAUCGAGGCCCAGCCGACAUCCAUAUGGCCGGGCUUCGGCAAUUAGUAGACAUAAGGGGCGGGCGUGACAAGCUGGGCUAUGAUGGGAUGGUAGCAGGAGUAAUACAGAUGAAUAACAUUAUCUACCAUGUUAUGUUUGAUUUGAGUCCGACGUCUCCAACCCUAGGCCCACCAGUCGGGCUUGAGGACCGCAUCCUUCGUUCGUCCGAGGCAUUGUCAUUUCCAGGGUUUCAAAACAUCAUCAACAUGUUUCAGCAUCUCCGGGAAUUCAAGCUGGGCUGUCAGACUACAGCUAAUAAUCCACCCGAAUCACACGAAUACAGCAAGUCUACAACAAAGCAGGACGACCCAUUCUUCCACUGCUGCUACCUAGCAGUCACAAUAUUCAACUUGAUCGUGGUCCAAUCUCAUGAUCCAGGGGCAUCAAUAAAAAUAGAAUUCCUCGCAAGUGAGCUGCAAGCAUCACUGGGGUUAACCAAUGCCGAAGUCUGGAUCACCCAGAUGCCUGCACUGUUCAGCUGGGUUUGUAUGACCGGGGCGGCUGCAUCUCAUAAUGCAAAAUUACGCAUCUGGUUCUACUUCCACCAGGCAUCGGCUGUGAGAGUGCUCGAUUUCAAGACUGGACCGGCGUAUCUGGAUGAAUUAUGGGCGCACUUUUACUGGCUUCGCAUGAUGCGGCUGCGUCGUGUCACUGACUUAUGAAUGGCAUAUUAAUUCGUUAUAUCUAGAUUCCAACCAGUAAAGGUAGUGGGCAGGCGUAGUGAAUUCUACCCAAAGACGGUAUUGACGACGCCCUCUACUCUUUUGACAAUCUCGUCAAUGUCUGCCUUGGUGACAUUGUAGGCAGGGGCUAUCUGGAUGAUAU